AUGUCAAAUUUUAAUGAUAGACCAUCAGAAUGGUUUCGAAUAUUUCUUAUUAUAUUAUUCAUAAUUAUUGUUCUUAUUGGUUUAAUUGGUAAUAUUCUUGUUUUAUUAUCUGUUUUAACAAAUCAUAUUAAAAUUCGUCGUUCAUCAACAAAUCUUCUUCUUGUUAAUAUGUCAUGUGCUGAUUUAAUUAUUCUUAUUUUUAAUAUAUUUGAUAUAAUACAAUUUUCAUUUGAUCAUUCAUGGCCAACAGCUUGGUAUCUUGGUUUAUCAUUAUGUAAAAUAAUACGUUUUUUACAAGUACUUGGUUGUUAUGUUAGUGUACAAACAUUACUUAUUAUUAGUAUUGAAAGAUAUAUUGCAAUAAUUCAUGCUGUAAAAAUUUCUCAUUCUAAUCGACGUAAACGUUUAUUAUUAAUAUUUAUUUCAAUAUGGUCUAUUGGAAUUAUAAUGGCAUUACCGAAUUUAUUUUUACUUACAUUACAUCCACUAACUAAUCGUCCAGAAUAUUAUGUAUGUGGUUUAUCAGAUCAUUAUACACAUCCAUAUUUUGCUUUAUUUUAUAAAUAUACUGAAUCAAUAGUUUUCUUUUUUAUACCUAUAUUUGUACAAGCAAUACUUUAUAUACUUAUUUGUCGUAAAAUUUUUUUGGUUGAUCGUGCUGUACAAGCACAUUUUCGUGCUGAACAAUUACAAUGUUCAAUAAGUGAUUCUCAUCGACAAUAUUCAGGAACAAAAACAAGUUCAUCACUUCCGACACCAUUAACCGAUAAUAAUCUAAGUUUAAUGGCAAUGAUGACACCACGUUCACAAUCUAAUUUAAUGCCAAUAUCAAAUUCAACAAAUAAAACUGGUGAUACAGCACGUAAACGAGCUAUUAUUAUGUUAUUACUUGUUACAUUAUUAUAUUUUAUUGCAUUUUCACCAGCACAAAUUAAUUUUAUUUAUACACAAAUAAAUCGAUUACAUCAUUUAUAUGAAAAUCGUCUUUUUUUUAUUAUAUCAAUAUUAUUAGUUUUAUCAUCAACAGCUUUUAAUCCAAUAUUAUUUUAUAUAUUUAGUAAAUUUUUUCGACAUAAAUUUAAUAUUAUUUUACGUCGUUUAUGUCCAAUAUGUCGUAUACAUUUACGACGACAAAAUGAUUUUCCAAUGAUUUAA